UGCCGGGGUCAAAGUUCGUGUUGACAUCCGCUCACUAGCUGCUAUCUAAUGGCUGAAUUAGACAUUGGAAAGCAUUGUCAGAUCGAUUCCUGUAAUCAGAAAGAUUUCCUUCCUUUUGUUUGUGAUCUCUGUAGCGGUGUUUUCUGCCUUGAGCACAGAAGCAGAGAGGCCCAUUCAUGUUCAGUGGAGCCAGUGAAAAGGGAGUCUCAGGCUGCGGGUGGCAGUACAAGUUAUCCAUGCUCAUUUCAAGACUGCAGGGGAAAAGAGGUGUUGCCAGUAGUAUGUCCACACUGUGAAAAACAUUUCUGUUUGGCUCAUCGUCAUCAAGAUGAUCACAAGUGUGAGAAGUUGGAGGUCCAAAAGCCUCGAAUGGCAGCCACAAAGGAGCUGGUGGAAAAGAUUGUUGCGUCAAAGGACGGAUCCAAAAGUAAAGGACGCAGAGGAGCAAAGAACAGUGCAACUGCAGCUAAGGUGGCGUUAAUGAAACUAAAGCUGCAUGCUGCAGGAGACAAGGGGCUGCCACAGACAGAAAGAACCUAUUUCCAGGUGUAUCUUCCUAAAGAAUCCAAAGACUCCAGCCAACCCAUGUUCUUCUGUUCCAAAUGGAGUGUGGGAAAAGUGGUGGAUUACGCAGCCUCUCUAGCUAGCCUCAAGAACAGCAAUAAUGUACUGACAGCUAAGAAGCUGCGGUUAUGUCACCCUCAGACAGGUGAAGCUCUCCGGAUGGACGACAAGUUGCUCUCGCUGCUGGCUCACCCAGAAACUCCCCUGUACAAUGGGGGUAAUGUGAUCCUGGAGUACCUGGACAAUGAGUGCACAGGCCUGGAGGAUGUGUCUGACUAUAUCACACAGACAUGACAAAUCAAUACCAGCUACUGCAUGGAUGAUUUCUGUAUGCUAUUUGUAUUUUCCUCAAUAAAAUAUUGUUUUCAAAUAU